UAUCAUUUCUUAAAGAUAUAAUGAAAAUACAUUAAAGAGUUAACUUUGUGAAUGAAAUAAUUGAAACGUUAUGAUUGUAUGUGUUAUCAGGGUGCCAGCACUUGAUAAGAUUACUAUCAUUAUAUAUGUAAGGUAUUCUUGAUAUUUUAAUUUAAAACAACGUAUUUAACUGUUUGCAAAAGAUUGAAAGGUUCACAAUACAACUGUUCUUUUCUAAGUAUUAAUAAUUAAAGUUAAAGAAAUCAUGGUGUAAUGAAAUUAUUCAGUUGAAAAUCGUGUUGCAUUAAUAAAGAAUAAUGUGACAUUAAUAUAUCUUGUAUAUAUAUAUAUAUAUAUAUAUAUAUAUAUAAAAUUGUAAAUUUUCAGUGGCACAAAUUUUCUUGUUUUUCUUCGUAUUUAACAUAUUCACAAUGAGUGAUGCAGGUGUAUAUUAUAUUUUAUUUUGUUAAAAUAUUUCAAUUUUCUAUUAUAAAGUAAGGAAACAUUUAUGAUAAAAAGCUAUUAUUGUUUGAACAGAACUAUGUAUAUCAUUAAUCAUCAUUAUUUUUAAAUAAUACCAAUAUCAGUAUAAAUAAAAAAUGCAAAGAUAAGCUUAUUAAAAUAAUAGCCUCAAAUUCAUUCUAUUUUUAUAUUUUUUUCUGGGGACACCUCAAUCUCUGUGCCGUUGCAUGUACAUUGAUGGUAAUUUUAAUUGGAAUAAAGAAGACCUAACAACAGCAAUACAAAUGAUCAUUUUACUAUCAGUAGCAAUUGGUUUGUUUUCCUUGAUUAUAAUGUACUGGAGAGUUUGGAGCAGGAGAUUUGAUCAGAGGUAUUCAGAGUGCAAUGCUGCAUUUAGUAUAAAUUCCAGACCAUUGCAAUCUAAUUCAAUUUAUGAACCAUCAGUGGACAGACCACCAUCUUACAAUGAAGCUUGCGCUGUACCUCCUCCUUAUCAAUCUCCUUCCAACAAGAUAUGUAUGCUUGAACCGCCGGUUCCAGAAACUCCGCACUCAUCAUAUUCGGCUAAUCAAACGUUUCCUGCCAUGAAUCAUAUUUAAUGCGUAUUAUACUCAAUUUAUCUAAUUUAAUCUCAAUCGAU